UAAUUUUAAAAUAUGUGCUGAAGACUACAAAAUACAGUGAACAAUACUCUCUUCCCGGCGGAACCUGGCUUGAUUGCUCCAAAUCCAUGGAGUUCUUAGAUGAAUACGAGAGCAAGCCUAGGUUCCUGUUUCAAUCCAAAAAUCUGCCCGAUGACUCCCUUCACCCUUCUUCCUUCUCUCUCUCCUCUCUCCACAAGCCCACCCUUUUCAUUUCCCUUUCCCUCUCCCUCCUCCUCUUCUGCCUCGCCCUCAUUUACUUCAAUUUCGAACCCCUCCAAUCACUUCUCUUAUGGCUUUCCCUUUCCCUUCUCGUCGGCCCCUUCGCGCCCCCGUCUCUCACCGCCGGCGACAUCCGCGUAGGCCUCGGCCCGCCGCUCCAGGAGAUCCCCGACGCUCCACUUGAAACAAUUGAAAAACCUAGCAGAAAAUCGACGAAAUCGGUCAGGAAAGCAAUCGAAGACGCGGAGGGGGAGGGCAAUUCGAAUCCGAUCGAUGCAUCUCGUGUUGAUUUAACCAAGCAGCGAUCUGCCAGACCGAUCGAGGCGUCGGUUGAGGCGAAAUCGGAGGAGUGGGGCGAGGCUGAUGACGAGAUGCUGAAGAAGCUGAUGGGGAAGCAUCCGGUGGGGAAGCCGGGGCGGUGGGAAGCCAUAGCUGAGGGGUUCAAGGGGAAGCACAAGGUGGAGACUGUGAUCGCCAAGGCGAAACACGUUGGAGAUAAGAAGGGCGGCGAUCAGGAUUCGUACAGCAAGUUUCUCAAGGAUAGGGAGAAGAGGCAUGUUGAUGAGGAAGGGAGGAAGGAGAGUGGGAGUGGAUGGACUGCGGCGGAGGAUGUGGCGUUGCUGAAUGCGUUGAAGGCGUUUCCCAAGGAGGUUGCGAUGCGGUGGGAGAAGGUUGCGGCUUCUGUUCCUGGGAAAACCAAGGCGGCGUGUGUUGCCAGAAUGGCCGAGCUCAAGAAGGAUUUUCGAAGUUCCAAGGCUUCCGCCUCUGCCCAGCUUUCUUAGGCCAGACCUCAAUGACGACAGUUUGUCGUAAAGCUGCUACUCGCCUCGGUGCCCUUUUUGUUGGAUGAAGAACAUACAUUUAGUCAGCAUUGGUAAGAAUGUUGGAGAUGUAGAGAUGAGCAGAGUUAGAAAUGUUACACAUUAUCAAACGCCAAAAGCGUCUGGUUCGUUUCUUAUCACAUGACAAGUAUGAAUUGUGGUAAUCAGCUUCAAGACCUUCUCAAAGUAAUUUAAUGAUUUUAUCUGGUUUCUUA